AUGAACUCCGCAAGUAUCUCCAGAUUAACAUCCGUUAUUCGAACAACGUCAGUCCGGGGAUUUCACGAUCGCAGUUCUGUGCCAAGAGUAGUGGAUGAUCGUGAAAAGUCAUCCGCCAAAUACAAUGAUGCUGGUUAUACCUUUCGCUACCAUCAACAAGGAGUAGACCCUCUUCCUCGCAUACCGGACUGCAAAGUACCAGUAGCUCGACCGAACUACAAAGUUAGAGAUCAAUGGAACGAUGAGGCUGCACGUUUCGGUCAGAAUGAUUACAUCGAUCUUCUCGGUGAUGGAUCAGUACAUCCCGCACAACUACAAUACCACACUCCAACCUGGCUCCGUGGAUUCCCUGGACAACAUAAGGCAAACGAACUGAUCAAGUUGAUUCAUUACCGUAAUCUCUAUGACUCCAAGCUGAAACAAAAUUCGCCGAAGAGAUGGCACGAGUUAAGAAAGAGAAUCAAGUAUUUGAUGAUGCAGCAUAACUAUAAUAAACAAGAUGAAAUCGGUCGUGAACGAAACUUGGGAUUGUGGGAGGAAGAGCCAGACUACACGUACAAAGACAAAUCGCGAAGAUCAUUCAGAGACGAGAUUCAUUGA